AUGAGGACAUUUUUUAUUCUUCUGUUAGCAUUUAUAACACAAUGCCUAUUGGCACACUCGCAUAAACCAUCUCCCAUCACAAAGCUAUCCCAUCCGGAGGACGUCUCGAUAGACGUGCUUCCUAGAGAUCCCCACACUUGGCCAGAGUUCACAAAAAGGGGUUUAGAUACCUCUCCUGCUGUGAAACACGAUGAUAAUUUACGUAUAUCCUUCAAGUUAGACGAUAAACUCUUCAAUUUACAUUUACAUCCGAAUAUCGACUUAUUUCACCCCGAAGGACGCAUAAAUUACUUUAAUAAUGGUAAAAUAUCACACUCUGAACCGUUGUUGAAGGAAAAUUACAGAAUGUUUCACGGUUUUACCGUCGCGAAUCACCAUUCUGAUACGCGUUUAGCCCAAGACGCGGCUAGACUUAUCAGAAACGACGAAUUCAAUGAUUUAUUCCAAGAUAAUCAUCUCGUUCGCGGUAAAGCAAACAUUAUGAUACACGAUGAUGGCGUAGAGAAUAAUCAGUCCCCUCAAUUUGAAGGUUCUUUCACUUACGACGGUGAAUUGUAUCAUAUUAAAACGCCGUCAUCUUAUUUGGCUACCAUGGCUGACGAGGAUCCCUCCCCGUCAUAUCACCCCUCAAGACUCAUUAUCUUUAAAGAAAGUGACACCAUCGAACGCACAAAUAGCACUUUAGUAUCUUCUUGUGCAACUGAUAGUACACAUUAUCCCUCAUUAGACAUCCAACCCGAUGAUACUCAAUUACCACCAUUCACUCUUCUCGAUAACAAACAUGUCUGGUCUUCACCACUUAUGAACUGGUUUGAAGGCCUCUUUGGAAAGUCUACUCGCAGUAAACCUUUCGUUCGUUUCGCACCACUUGAUGAUCACACUCUCGAUCGCGCAAUUACUCAAGCGAAGGACCGUCAACGUCUGAGGAGACAAGGAACGGGUGACGUUAGCGGGGGUAACGAUGAAACAGCGUCUAAUCUUGUCGACAGUAUUGGAUCCACAGAUGGUUGUCCAACCGAACAAAGACUUGUUUAUAUGGGUUUCGCUGCUGAUUGUACCUACGUACAAAAUUAUGACUCCCAAGAGAAUGCUCGUACGCAGAUAUUGAGAGAUGUAAACCAGAUUUCUGGUCUUUAUAAGGAUACCUUUAGGAUUUCACUCGGUGUUAUAGAGCUUAACGUGCAAGAACCAAGUUGCCCAAGCACACCUGAUCAGAGUGUCGAAUGGAAUCAAGACUGUAGCGAUUCAGUUAGUUUAAAUGAUCGCCUUUCAAUGUUCUCUGCCUGGAGAGGACAGAAAGGCGACGAUGGUGCAGGAUUGUGGCAUUUAAUGACUAAAUGUAACACUGGAAGUGAAGUUGGUGUCGCAUGGAUAAGCACACUUUGCCAGCAACAAGCAAAGUCGCAGGGGUCGCAGGGGUCGCAGUCAGUCUCAGGUACCGCAGUCACAGCUAUAACUAGAAACCAGUGGGCAGUGGCAGCACACGAGAUAGGACAUAAUUUUGGUGCAAUCCACGAUUGUGAAGAUGGAUGUAGCCUCCAACAAUCCUGCUGUCCAUUGAACAGAGAUACCUGCGAUGCUGACAAUCAAUAUAUUAUGUCGGCAACAUCUUCUGAUAGUGCAACUAAGUUUAGUGAUUGUACAGUAGGCAACAUCUGCUCAGCGAUGGGUAGCGGAUCGACUAGUACAUCUUGUCUAGUCAAUCCUUCAAAUUCUGAUAAACCUAUUAUAAGUCUACAACAAUGCGGUAAUGGUGUUGUCGAAGAUGACGAGGAGUGCGACGGCGGUGGUGAUACCAAAUGUUGCACAUCUGACUGUAAAUUCAAAGACGGCGCAGUGUGCGACACUAGCACAGAAGCGUGUUGCGAUGACAAUUGCCAAUAUGCACCAAGUAGCCAAGUAUGUCGUCCUUCGAUAGACAGUACCUGUGACUACGAGGAGAAAUGCACAGGUGACUCGGGUGCCUGUCCAGAAGACAAAUUCAAAGAUAAUGGCUCUGAUUGUGGUGGUGGCAGAAAGUGCGCAACUGGAUUAUGUACUUCCGAAGAUGAUCAAUGUAAAUCCGCUGGCGCGUCUAUGGGUCUCACAAGCGCAUGUGAUAUGGGUGGUGAUGACACAUGUCUUGUUACCUGCAACAGUCCUCAAGGAAGCGGCUGUGUGCGUCUCCAGACUCCACUCAGGGAUGGUUCUCAAUGUGGAUACGGGGGUACUUGUGAGAAGGGCGAUUGUAAAACAGGAAGCUGGCAGGACACAUUCCAAAAUUGGUACAGACAGAAUUUACAGAUCGCCAUACCUGUAACGAUCAUUAUUGCUAUCGUCAUAAUACUCGUUCUAUAUGGUAUUUUCAGGUGCAUCUUCGGUGGCUGCUUCCGUCGGAGAAGACCAGCAUACCUUGCUGCACCGCCAUUACCUGCGAAAUCAAGAAGGAACAAGCUUUUCGCUAGGGGCUCGCCUAAUAUGCCAGGUGGCUACUCACCAGUGAAUCAGCCUCCAGCUGCUUUCACUGGCCAACCUUUCUACCCGCCGCCUCAGCAACCACCACCAAAUCAAGGCGCGCCUACUCACUGGGUCGACCCUGCAGCAUACAACGGACGAGAUUAUGGAAGAUAG